AUGGAAACUCCAAAGGAGCUUCAAGGCCUUAUCGAGGCAAUGACAGCUUACAUGACAGAGUGUAUGGCAGGUCACGACCCAUCGCACAACCCAGCCCACGUCCACCGCGUGGUGUCGCUGGCGCAUCGCGUUCUGGCAGGCGAACUGGCUCGUCACCCCGACACUGCGCCUUCAAUGUACGAUACAGCCGUCGUCACUCUCGCUGCAACACUGCACGAUAUAGGCGAUCACAAAUACCUGCCUGCUGCAGACCGCGCUGCAGCCGGUGCAAGCACAAGCAUAGACCCCAAACAGAUGGUCUACGAUGCGCUCAUACGCCACGGCGCAGAUGCCACACUAGCAAAACGCGUCCAGACAAUAGUCACCAACGUAUCCUAUACCAAUGAAACCAAAAAUCCGGAAAAGGUACGCGCUUUGAUCGCGCAGCCGGGCUAUCAUGAACUGGCGAUUGUGCAGGAUGCCGAUCGUCUCGAUGCCAUUGGCGCUGUGGGCAUUGCGCGUACUUUUACUUACCUCGGGUCCCAGGGUUCCAAGAGGAAGUCGUCCAGCACGGCAUGGGAGCUCGAUGAGUCGAUUGCUCAUUUUGGUGAGAAGCUGGAGAAGCUGGAAAGCAUGAUGAAGACGGAGACUGGUAGGGAGAUGGCUAGAGAGCGGACCAGGAGAUUACAGGAGUUCAAGGCGUGGUGGAUAGAAGAAACCACACCUUUCACUCUAUGA